AUGCAGCUGCUCCGAGUUGCGUGGGCACUGACCGGAGCGGCUAUCUGCUGCUUCCUUAUCCUCCUCAUCCACUCUCGUCUGCUCAAAGAAGGCCAGCUGGCAGCGGGGACAUGUGAAAUUGUGACGCUGGAUAGGGACAGCAGCCAACCUCGGCGGACCAUCGCCAGGCAGACGGCCCGCUGCGCCUGCAAGAAGGGCCAGAUCGCGGGAACCACGAGAGCCAGACCCGCCUGUGUGGACGCCGCCAUUGUUCGGAAAAAGCAGUGGUGCGAGAUGGUGCCGUGUUUGGAGGAUGAGGGCUGCGACCUGUUAGUUAAUAAAUCCGGUUGGACUUGUACGCAGCCCGGAGGCCGAGUCAAGACGACCACGAGAAGGAUGCUCGCCGUCGCGUCCUCCACUCCCUCCAUUUUAGACUGGCAGAUGAAAUGGCACAACAAGCUUCCCGUCUCUCUGUUUCUCCGUCUCUGCUGUGAGGCGGCGAUGCCGGGUGCUCAGCAAAGCGACUGCGCCAUUAAAGGCGAAAAAGCAAAAUCACCCCGGGUGAUCCGGCGGGUUUUUGUGACAGCCUAA